AUGAAGACCUUUUUAACAGUGUUCUACUCUUUCAUCCUUACAGGGUUUAUUGUAGACGCGGUAUCGUAUGAUUACAGCUAUACAAAUGAGUGCUUAGAAAACCCUAAGAAGCCUCAAUAUGAUGGCGGAAUAGUUGUAAACCCCGAGCUGAAACAAGGAUCAACUGGUUGGACUUCUUUCGGCAACGCAAAACUACAAUUACGGGUUUCAGAAACUGGAAAUGAAUUCGUUGUUGCUCGUCAAAGGAAUCGAUCAUUUGAUAGUGUCUCCCAAGAGUUUUUCUUGGACAAGGAUAAACUCUACACAUUUUCUGCUUGGUUGCAAAUAAGCAAUGGGGAUGCUGCUGUUGUUGCUACAUUUAAAACACCAACAGGGUAUCAUGAUGCUGGCUCCACCAGAGCUAAAUCUGGUUGCUGGUCCAUGCUUAAAGGCGGCCUGACCGUGAACAAGUCUGGCCCGGCCCAUCUCUAUUUUCAGAGUGAAAAUCCGUUGGUUGAUAUAUGGGUCGAUAGCGUUUCAUUACAACCCUUCACACCUGAAGAAUGGAAAUCUCACCAGUAUCAGAGCAUUGAGAAGGUGAGGAGAAGUAAGGUGAAAAUUCAAGCAGUUGAUGGUGAAGGGAAACCUCAGGGAAAUAGGACACUAAUCAUUGCUCAAAAGUUUGCAAGGUUCCCAUUUGGAUGUGCCAUUAACAAGAACAUUUUAACCAACCAAGCCUAUAAAAACUGGUUCAUUUCUAGAUUCAAAUACACCACAUUCGAAAACGAAAUGAAAUGGUACUCAAACGAAGCUCGCCAAAAUCGCGAGGACUACAACACAUCAGAUGCGUUACUUCAGUUCACAAAAUCAAAUGGCAUUUCGGUUCGAGGCCACAAUGUGUUCUGGGACGACCCCAAGUAUCAACCUUAUUGGGUUCACAAUCUUGGACCAAAACGUCUAGCGGCUGCAGCCACCACUAGAAUACGCUCCGUCAUGCGCCGAUACUCGGGCCAAGUGAUUGCUUGGGAUGUUUUGAAUGAGAAUUUGCAUUUUAAUUUCUUUGAAAGAAAACUUGGUUGGACAGCUGCUUCAAAGUUCUAUGCAACGGCUAGAGCUUUAGAUAGAACCGCUGGUUUGUUCUUGAAUGAUUUUAAUACUAUCGAAUCACCUGGGGACCAAGCGUCUUCUCCUGAUAGUUACCUAUCAAAAAUCAGACAGAUUCGGGCAGGGGGUUACCAUGGGCCCUUAUCAAUCGGGUUAGAAGGUCAUUUCCGAUAUGCCAACAUUCCUUACAUGAGAUCCGCAAUUGAUAAGGUUGCAAGUUCAGGACUGCCUAUUUGGAUCACUGAAGUAGAUGUUCAAGCUGGUCCGAAUCAGGCUGCAGUUUUGGAUCAAGUUUUACGAGAAGCUCAUGCACAUCCAUCGGUACAUGGGAUAGUUUUAUGGUCAGCAUGGAGUCCUCAAGGCUGCUAUAGAAUGUGCUUAACUGAUAACAACUUUAACAACUUACCCACGGGUAAUGUUGUGGACACGAUCAUUCGACAAUUUUUCAAUGUUGAAGUAACCGCAACCACAGAUGUUAACGGGUUCUAUGAGACUUCGCUCAUUCAUGGGGAUUAUGAAGUUUCAUUUGCAGAUCAAUACCAAAGUGAAAAAGAUAUGAAUCUAACACAGAUGGCUCAGCAUUUUGUGGUUGAAGCAUCGGAGGACACCUUACACGUUAAAGUCUUAGCUUGAAAAUAAAUUUACGUCCGUUUAUUUAUGUAGAUGGAUGUAAGAAUUUCAUUUUUCGCUGUUAGAAUA